GCCAAAACAUCAAAAUGGUCUUUGUUAAAAUCCAAAAAACCAAGGCUUACUUCAAGAGAUAUCAAGUCAAGUUCAGAAGACGUAGAGAAGGUAAGACUGACUACAGAGCCAGACAAAAGUUGAUCACUCAAGACAAGACUAAGUACAAUACUCCAAAGUACAGAUUCGUUGUCAGAGUUACCAACAAGGACAUUGUCUGUCAAAUUGUUGCUCCAAAGUUGAAGGGUGAUGAAGUCAUCUGUGCUGCUUACUCUCACGAACUCACCAGAUUCGGUAUUCCAGUCGGUCACACCAACUAUGCUUCCGCUUAUGCCACUGGUCUUUUGCUCGCCAGAAGAUUGUUGAAGAAGGUCGGUUUGGACACCAGAUAUGCUGGUAUCACUGAAACUGAUGGUAGCGUUUUCUUGGUUGAACAAGCUGAAGAUGCUCCAAGACCAUUCAAGGCUUUCCUUGAUGUUGGUUUGGUCAGAACUACCACUGGUAACAGAGUUUUCGGUGCUUUGAAGGGUGCUUGUGAUGGUGGUUUGUAUAUUCCACACUCCAACCAAAGAUUCCCAGGUUUCAACAAGGAAGACGAUUCAUACAAUGCUACUGCUCACCGUGAAAGAAUCUAUGGUGUCCACGUUGGCAAGUACAUGAAGUCAUUGAAGGAAGCCAACGAAGAAGAAUUCAAGGCUAAGUUCUCUCAAUUCAUCAAGAAUGGUGUUACUGCUGAAAACAUUGAAAAGAAGUACAAGGAAGCUCAUGCUGCUAUUAGAAAGAACCCAGACGCUGUCAAGACUGAAAAGACUGCUCCAAAGACUCAAAAGAGAUUCUCCAAGGAAAAGUUGGACCUCAAGUCAAGAAAGCAAAGAAUCGAAUCCAAGAAGGCUAAGCUCAUUGAAAAGCUCAAUGCUAUCCAACAAUAAAUUCUCUAACCUCGCAAUUUUCAAAAACAAACUGUACAUAAAACAAACAUAAAAAUUAUAAAUUAUUAAAAAA